AUGUAUGACAACAUCUCUGAUUUCACAAGAUAUGAUGACGACCAUGACCCCGAACACGGUGAAGAAGAAGUUUUACAAACAUCCAUUAAGACAGGAAAGGUUUUAACUCAAAGUCUCAUUAUUGACACCAAAGAUGGCGAAGUGGACGUUCUUCAAGAGCUGAAGAAAAAUACUUCUGAAGGAGGUGGUGGUAGGCAUGAACUUGAAAUAAAUGAGAUAGAAGAGAAAUUAGCCGAAAAAGCAGAUAAAAACCAUGUUCAUUAUAUAAGUUCAGACGAACAGAUUAUAACGGACUACCAUGGAUAUUUAACACAGGAUGAACAAAUAAGCACUGAAGAUGUUAAUGAAAGAAGAUAUAAAUUCAUUCGUGCUAAAGGUUAUGACAUACACUGUACUGUACAGUAUGACACAGGUAAAGCACCAGAAGCAUUUGGUUAUAACAAUGAAAUUUAUGCUUCAUACUUCUUUGUUAACGGUGUAUUAGUUGAACCAAGAUUUACUUUGAGAGUUAAGGCAAAAAUAACUUUUGAAGAUGCUAUUAAAAGUAAAGCUGACAAAGAUGAACUUGACGCAACGAACAAAGUUUUGAAAUCUCAUAAACACAAUAUCUCCGAUAUAAAUGAACUUCAAGCUACAUUAAAUAGUAAAGCUGACAAGAACCAUACACAUGAAUCCUUCACUACUGUUAGAGCAGACGAUGUAAUAUUGAACUAUACCCUUGGCUCAAGUGCACCUUUAGAGAAUCCAAGUACAAGCGUAAAAGAUACACUAAACUCCUUAAAUAGUAAAUGUAUGAACAUUGAAGGUCAUGUCAGAAACUUUGAAACAUAUAAACUACCAGCAAU